AUGGUGAAAAAUAUUUUCGUGCUGUACUUCAUUUUGAUGUUGCUCUCCUGCUGCUAUGUGUUGGGUGAAGAAACAGGCUUAGAAAAUAAUAAAAAAAAAAUGGAUGAAAAAUUUUUAUCCAGGAUAAAGAGGCGAUUAGAAAUUUUGUACAAGUUGAGUUCGUACGACAAGAGUGAAGUGUUUGUGAGAGAAAUUGAUUCUAUAAAAGAACACCUGAACAUACUGAACGAAGGUGGGUGGGAAAGCACGGAGGGAAGGUGCAACGGAAAUUUAACAAGUGGGAUCAACAAGGCAGAGGGAGCAGGUGCAGAUAUGCCAGGGGGCGACCUAUAUAGUGUGACCGAGAGCGAAUCGGAUUUCGGCGAUGACGGGGAUGCCGUUCUUGUGGGAUGCUUCAACGGUCAUAGAACCCCAGGACAUAUGAAAAAUGCUCAAGGGACGGGUAAAGGCGGGAGUAAAUCGCUGGGUAAAACGCUCGGUAAAGCGAUGGGCAAGGGUGCCGGUAAGGCCGUGGGAAAGGCGGUGAGUAAAGUAGCGAAGAAAUUGGCAAGUAAAGUGGAACAUUAA